GGGAGGGCCCUACUAUAUAUCGCUGGCUCAUUUGGUGGUUUCACAUCUCUCCCCCUUGAUACAACAGCUGAGGCGUUAGUAUACAAUGCCAACAGUUGUUCUUGGUCGUGGUUGAUGAUAUUUAUUGAGCUAGUGGCGGAAGGUGGAGGGAGGGAAGCUGCCGCGGCAUCGUGAACACCUCUGUCAUGGACUCGCAGACUGCAGACCGCUCCCCAAAGAUCACAAUGUUCAAGCCUAUCUUUAUCUGUCCUCAGGUGACUAAUGGACCCUUGACAGGCUCUAGGAAGCGGCCAUCGGAAGGAAAUUACGAGAAGGAGAAAGACGUGUGCAUCCAGCUCUUUGAUCAGUGGUCUGAAGCAGACCAAGUGGAGUUUGUGGAACACCUGAUCUCACGCAUGUGCCAUUACCAACACGGCCACAUAAACUCCUACCUCAAACCCAUGCUCCAAAGGGACUUCAUUACGGCACUGCCAGCUCAGGGUCUGGAUCAUAUAGCGGAGAAUAUCUUGUCUUUCCUGGACGCACGCUCGCUGUGUUCGGCUGAGCUGGUGUGUAAGGAAUGGCAGCGUGUGAUUUCCGAAGGCAUGUUGUGGAAGAAGCUAAUCGAGAGGAUGGUUCGGACAGACCCGCUGUGGAAAGGCCUUUCAGAGAGACACCAGUGGGAAAAAUACCUGUUCAAGAACCGCACAACAGAAGUUCCACCAAACUCAUACUACCGCUCUCUUUAUCCGAAAAUCAUUCAGGACAUCGAGACCAUCGAGGCGAACUGGAGGUGUGGCCGACAUAACCUGCAGAGGAUCCAGUGUAGGUCGGAGAACAGCAAAGGUGUUUACUGCCUCCAGUAUGACGACGAAAAGAUCAUCAGCGGACUUCGAGAUAACUCCAUCAAGAUAUGGGAUAAACAGACUCUGGAGUGUUUGAAGAUCCUGACAGGGCACACGGGCUCUGUGCUGUGUCUGCAGUAUGAUGAGAGAGUCAUUGUUACCGGUUCCUCUGAUUCCACUGUCAGAGUUUGGGAUGUGAACUCGGGGGAGGUUCUGAACACUCUGAUCCAUCACAACGAGGCUGUGCUCCACCUGCGAUUCUGUAACGGGUUGAUGGUCACCUGCUCGAAGGAUCGCUCCAUCGCCGUGUGGGACAUGGCCUCUCCCACGGACAUCAGUCUCCGCCGAGUCCUCGUCGGACACAGGGCCGCCGUCAAUGUUGUCGACUUUGACGACAAGUACAUUGUCUCUGCCUCUGGUGAUCGGACCAUAAAGGUGUGGAGUACAAGCACCUGUGAGUUUGUUCGGACACUAAACGGUCAUAAGCGAGGAAUCGCCUGCCUACAGUACAGAGACAGACUCGUGGUCAGUGGCUCCUCAGACAACACCAUCAGGCUGUGGGAUAUUGAGUGUGGAGCAUGUUUGCGGGUUUUGGAAGGGCACGAGGAGCUUGUUCGCUGUAUUCGAUUUGAUAACAAGCGGAUUGUGAGUGGAGCGUAUGACGGUAAAAUUAAAGUGUGGGACCUACAAGCUGCUCUCGACCCACGAGCCCCAGCCAGCACUCUGUGUCUACGUACACUAGUGCAGCGAUGUCGCUUCAAUAAUAGUCUGUCUGCGUAUAGGAACAUUCUGGCCGAGUGUUCCGGCUCCAAUUCGAUGAGUUCCAGAUCAUCAGCAGCUCCCACGAUGACACUAUCCUUAUCUGGGACUUCCUCAACGUGUCAACCAACGGGCAGACGGAAGGACGAUCGCCGUCCCGCACGUAUACCUAUAUAUCCAGAUAGCAGGGAAGCUCUGGUGGCGUGCGGAGUGUGUGCGAGUGUGUGUGGGGACUGUUUGGGUGACCCCAGUCUAUGUGGAAGUGUGCCAGGAUCAAAGGUCGAGGAACGCCACCACCACCACCCCCCCCCCUCCUCCCCUUCACCCUCCUCUCUCCAUCUGUCCGUUUUAUUUCUCCCCUCUUCGGUCAUUUUGAGGGCCGCCCCAUGACACACAAACUGCGUCAGUUCUCUUUCUCCCUCUCUGUGGAGGAGGAGACGGAGAAAAGAUGGAGAGAGCAAUGCCAUUAAGCAGUGAACCUGAGGGUGGGCGUGGAGCCCACCCUCCCAUCCCCGCCAUCGCGUACAGAGUGACGGCUGCCCCAGCUCCGCCCCCUGGGCCCAUGAACUCUGUAUCUAUCUUUUGUUUGUUUUUGUUUUUAUUGAUUAAAAAAAGAAAAACUAAAGGGAGAAGGCAAGGUCUGAGUGCCUUCCUUCCCUCAGGACUGUUCUGCAUGAAUGAGCGAGCGAUGGGACGUGUAAUGUGUGCUGGUCAACUCCUCGGUUUCUGUCUGACUUUUUUUUUUUUUUCCCUUUUUUUUUUUUUUAAGUUGGGAAAUUGACUUCAUAUUUUCUUUUCUUGUGAAAUCGUAUGAAUAAUUGUAGUUUUUUGACUUCUCCUGAUAUGUCCUUCCAUUUCUCGUUUUUAGCGCUGUCCGUCUCGUUCCCCUUUUCACUGUCUGCUCGUCUAGGUUCUGAAUGACUCAUAACUGAUCUGAAUUUAGUUGUAAACAGAAUUGUCUUGUCUAAAAUGGUGUUGUAUAUUGAAAAGAUUUUUUUAAAGAAAAAAAAGCGUUAUUAAUAAGAAUAAAGUACUUGACUGUGAA